AUGUCCGAAUAUCUGCUCGCGUUCAAAGCCGGUCGUGCCUUCAGAAACGAAGGGACGAAUCGAGUGGAACCCAGCGCGACUAAAGGCGCAAUAAUCCUUACGAACGGCGACGACGGGUUGCUGCACUUUAUCUGGAAGAACAGAUCCACAAAUCAAAUCGAGGAGGAUCUCAUUCUCUUCCCUACGGAUGCUUCAUUCGUGAAAGUCUCGCAAGCAACCUCGGGUCGCGUCUACGUGCUCAAGUUCUCGUCUUCGAAUCAAAGACACUUUGAUGCGUCAGACGAACGAGAUGCCAAGUUCGUAGAGAACUUGAACGGCCUCCUUCAAGACCCAGAGCACACUCUUGAUUGGAGCUCAGAUGCCUCUUCUGCCCAGGCGUCGACUUCACAAGUGCCCCAGGCGACCCCAGAACAACUUGCCCAAAUCCAGCGGAUCGUUCAAUCCAUGUCUGGGAGCACACAACCCUCGGCGCCCGAACUCUCCCUCACCGACAUUCUGACGCCUGAUAACCUCAGGCCGCUAUUCACAUCUCGUCCAGAGUUGAUCCCCGCGCUUUUCCCUCACCUUCCGCCGGAUUUACCUCUCCCCCCUUCGACCGAAGUGCUCGAACGAGUAAUACAUUCGCCACAAUUCCGAGCUUCUGUCGCGAGUUUCGACCAAGCACUACGGACUGGGCUGCUGGGUGGUUUGGUAAGGGGACUUGGUCUUCCGGAAGAGGCAGGGACGAGUGUGGAGGCGUUCUUACGUGCCAUACAGGAGCAAGCCGAUAGAGGGGAUAGCAUGGAGACCGACUAA